AUGUUCCGUACGAUAAAUUUAUCAAGCGACAAAAGCAGUCUGGUUAGCAGCAGUAGCAGCAAAGCGGCAAUGACCACGUCCACCAGCAGCCAGCUGGCAAAGAUGGGCCCGGAGGAGCUUGGAGAGUCCUGGAUCGAGCUGUCGUCCAACACGAGCCCGAAUGGCGGCGGUGCGACAGGAACCGGCGUGGGUAGCAGCGGUGGCAUCAGCAAUCUCACCGGUGCCACAACCCCGUCCGGCACGGUUGGAACGAAGAGCCCAGACCGGACGGUGCCACCGUUGGCGUUUGCGUCCGUCGAAGAGUACAUAAGACUGUUGCGGGAGGCUCAGCGCGAAUCAAAGGAAUCGAGCCGCAUCCCAUCACUGCGUUCAAGUCCCAAAUCACCUCCAAACAGCCCGAACACGGAGCUGGCCGCCACCGAGGAAGAUCUCCGAAAUGUGUACAUCAACUACGUGAACAAGGAUGGUGACAUUGUGAAAGAUAGCGAUUGGAUCUGGGACUGGAGCAGUCGGCCGGAUCAGCAACCUCCGAAACUGUGGAAAUUUGAGCAUCCCAACCAAACGCAGGAGGAAAGAAAUAAACCUAUACACGCCGGCUAUUCCAUACGGCAGGUCCGUGUUGGCAAAAAUUCCCUGUUCUCUCGGGAGUUUCUAUACUCGAUUGUACUAACGAACGUAUUGUCACUUUUGCUUGGUGCCGGCAUUGGCGCUUGGCUACAAAAACGGGGCCUGUUGCUAACCCGCGUUUCCAUUGAGUAA